UAAUAAUUAUAUCCUAUUUUGUUUUAAAUAUGUUAGAAGUCUAUUAUAGCUUUGUAGUUUAUUAUCUUAGAAAUCCCAUAUAUAUUUAGUAGUACACAUGUCUAGUAAUUAUUUUUCCCUACUUGAAGUUUAACUAGCAACAAUGGAUAAAUCUUGGAUUGCUAAGCCACGAAACUCAUGAAUAUAUAGUUGGUCUAGAAAACUUCUUGGAUUUUGCAUUUCAACAUGGAGCAAUUGGGAAUAGUAAGAUAAUAUGUCCAUGUCCAAGUUGUGGGUUUCGCAAAUGGCAUGCUCGAAAAGAUGUUAGAGAUCAUUUACUUUACAAACCAUUCCCUAAGAAUUAUGUUGUAUGGAACUUUCAUGGCGAGAAAGAAGUAACCGAAUUCUCAACAAGUGCACAUGUCAUGCGCGAGACAUUGGCAACUGAACAUCCCCUAGAUAACAUGGUAAAUGAUGCUUUCGGGAUACAUAUGGAUCAGGAGAGUGGUGAAGAUUCAGGCAUGGAAGAUUUUGUAAACGAUGAGCCAACAGAAAAUCACAGAGACUUUGAUGAGUUUCUCAAGGAAGGCAUUCAAAAGCUACAGGAAGGAAGUGACUUCACAAAGCUAGAAUUCAUAGUCAAAUUGUAUCAUAUUAAAGUCUUGUGUGGACUAAGUGACAAGGCCAUUACCAUGAUACUUGAGUUGGUGAGGGAUGCUUUUAGUUGUGUGAAUUUGCCUACGACUUUUGAUCAGGCAAAGAAACUAAUUCAAAAACUAAGUCUUGACUAUGUUAAGAUAGAUGCUUGCCCCAAUGAUUGUAUGUUGUUCGAGGAUGAAGACCCAAACAACAUCCAACAAACAUGCGGUCAUUGUGGUGCUUUUAGGUGGAAUUCUAAGAAGAAGAAGAAGAAAAAGCAAGCUGCCAAGGUUUUGAGAUACUUUCCGUUGAAACCAAGGUUGAAAAGAUUGUUCAUGUGUCAUAAAACUGCAGAGCAUAUAUUAUGGCAUGCAACAGCGAAGGGAGAAAAUGACAAAAUGGUGCAUCCAAGGGAUGGUGAGGCGUGGAAGACUUUUGAUUUAACACACAGAGAGUUUGGAUUACAACCUAGAAAUGUUCGCUUAGGACUUGCUAGUGAUGGUUUUAAUCCUUAUAGAUCAAUGAGUUCUACUCAUAGCAUUUGGCCUGUGUUUCUGAUUCCAUAUAAUCUUCCUCCUUGGAUGUGUAUGAAACACACUUCCUUUAUCCUGUCAAUGGUUAUACCUGGCAAGCAUAAUCCCGAAAAUAAUAUUGACAUAUAUCUUAAACCACUUGUCAGAGAGUUAUUUAGCUGAAGAGUCUCUUACUUUCUGUUCUCGGUAUAUUGACGACAUGGAGACUAGAUUUAACAGGCCUAGUCGUCUUUGUUAUGAUCCCCCUUAUGAAAUGUCUUCAGUCUUGCCCAAGUUAGGUACUCCACAUGGAGGUCAUUCAAACUUCAAUUUAACUAAAAUAGAGAAGUUGCAAGCUCAUCGUUAUGUGGUUUUCAAUCGCGAAGGUGUGAAACCAUAUAUCAAUGCCUUUAGAGACCACAUUAGGAGAACUUCAAAGGGAAGAAGACUCUCACCUGCAGAGAUAUAAAAGAAAGUUAAUAAAGAUUUUGUUGAUUGAUUUCAAGCAUUAAGUGUGAAUCCAGAUAAUCCAUACGAAAUGUCAACUGAUAUAAAGUUUCUUGUACGAGGCCCAAUGAUGAAUGCAAUGAGAUUUUCUGUUUAUGACAUCAAUAGAUUUCAUAUGGAAAGACAACCACUAAUAAUAAUUAGUAAAGGCAGAGCUUUGUACUGAAGUUGGAAUUGUUACCAGAGAUAUACUCGAUGGCUUAUGGACCAUGACUAUCACUAUCAGUCGCCAUGCCCAAAAAGAAAAAGGCAUAAAUUACAGGCUUGUGGAUGGUGCUAAUUCUAUGCUACUGUUUUUAUAUAUUAGAUGGUGCUACUUCUAUGCUACUGAUUUUAUUUUGAGGCUUUUAUGUAAUUAGAUGAUAUUGAAAUAUUAAAGUUGUAUUAUUUUACUUUUUAAAGAAAAACAAUAAUAGUUAUGUAGAACAAUAUCAUAUGGAAUUGUGUUUGGAACUAUUGAC